CACCAAGGAGCUUCACCUUGUUAAAGUAAAAUGUGGUUAAUUUGCGUUAAGUUUUAAUUUUAACUUUGAAGGACGUCGUUUCCUACCAUACAUAUUUGAUCAAUUGGAUUAAAGGCAUUAAUGUGAAUUAGCAACAAUGUUUCCUGGGAGUAAAGUUUCACACGACAGCGGUUUGUGGCCAUGCAUCGGAAUAAGAGCUCUUAACGGCGACAGCAGAUCGGGCGGAUUGCUUCACAAGACACUGGUAUUGCAAGAACUGAAGCACCAGAACCGGUUCACAGGGAACACACUCCAGGGCUCGGUACCAUCCUCGCCUGAGCCGGAUUGCGAGAAAAUACCACAUGAUUACAACACGUCUACCUACGACGCCCUGGAAAUGGACACACGAGAGAUUAUUGACAUUUUCUUAAAAAACUUUACUGGAUUCCCUCAUUCUAAAAGUGGGAAUAAACAGGUUCUGGCAACAAUGAAUCGGGUUGUGGAAAGUCUUGCAGUGAAGCACGAACUGGCUUACAAAGGUAUGAUUGCACGUCUGAAUCUGGAGCAGAGAGGAGAAGAUGUGAGUUUCGUCAAGACUGUGGCAACAGAACUCUUCAGCGAUGGCGUCACAAACUGGGGGCGCAUUGCCAGCCUUCUCACUUUUGGGGCAAUCUUAUGCAAGCAUCAGAGUGAUAAAGGACAUAGCAAGUGUGUGAGUCUGGUGGGGGAAGAGAUAUCUUCAUAUCUUCUCACAGCCCAGCGGGACUGGCUGCAUAAAAACAAAGCAUGGGAUGGCUUUGUGGAAUUUUUUCAUGUCCCAGAUACAGAAGCGGCUGUGAGAAACGCAUUGAUGGCCAUUGGUAGUGUGGCUACAUUCGGAGCUGCACUUGCUUAUUUGAUACGGUGAAUCCAAAUGGACUUUGUGACAGAUAUUGGAAGACAAAAAGGAAUCUAUGUGAACAAUUUGUAUAAGAGAACUCCGUUUUCCUUUUUCUUCAAUAUUUUCUUUUUUUGGAUGCCAAGUGUGUUUAAAAACUGGUUCAAAGUGAUCUUUUGAGAAAUUGAAAACUCUUUUUAUUUUUUUUAUUAAAAAGUGAAAUCGAAAAAUUUCAGAUGUUUAGAUCUGAAUUGUUGAUAUGCAUGUGCAAUUAACAAUUUCAGUGUCAGUUUUUGUGUGCAGUUUACACAAGCAUCCUGUUAUAUUGUCAGUACACUUCCAGCAGUGUUCUGUAUGCUAUAUAUAUAUAUAUACAAAUUGGGAAUUUUGAAAAAGAUGGCAUACAUUUAAAAUUCACAUACUUGUUGCAUCGGCUAUAAAAAGAUGUGUAAUUACCCAUUUUAGUACAACACCUUCACAUUGUCAUAAUGUCACUUUUUAUUUCAGAAAUAUAGUGCAUAUAUGUCCCACACAUGACUUCAUGUGCUGAUAAGUAAGCUUUAAAGCUUUUAUCUAAAAGCUUAUGGUGGUUUUGUUUUGAGUCCUUGCUUAGGACAAUGAUAGCUUACCACAAGGCUGCUAAAUGUUUUCAUUACCUGCAAAUAGAACCUUUGUAUACACUGAGAAGUUUAAGUACUUAUGGUCUUUUACCUUUUUCUGUGAAUAUACUGUUUUCUAGACUUCCAAUUAAACUAUUUUUUGUAAUAUAUUGUUCAUUGAUUAAUCCCUCACCACAGUUAACCAUGGGGCUAGGUAAUAAGUCCAAGGUUCAUGUGUUUUAUUUAGUCAAUUAUUUGUAGCUUCAAAUGUUUUCUAGAUUUUCAUCUGUAUGUUGUAGCAGACUUAUGUAUAAAAUUGUCAUUGCAGCCUUUGGAAAAAGUUGCAUUGUGCUGUGGAAAUGUUUUAGUAAGUUUUACAGUAUAUAAACACUUUUAUUUUUAUUUUGUCACCCAUAA